CACAGAUGACUGAUGCCAUGUCCGAAUCUAAUAAGAAAUGUAGACAGUACAGUGUUGAUUAUUUGAAAUUUGGCUUCAUUCCAUCAUUGCCGGACAAACAAGUUUUGGGCAAUGACGCUAUGAAACCAUCUAAACUGCAAGAUCAUCUAAGAAGAUGCCACCCUGAUAAAACAGAGAAAGAUUUGAAAUACUUUCAAACACUCAAAGAUAAAUUUCAGAAGAGACCUACACUGGACAGAAUGUUCGCAAAGAAAUGAUGAUGGUUUGCGGGCGUCUUACAAUAUCUUGUUACUUAUAGCAAAAUCUGGAAAACCGCAUACUAUCGGAGAGAAGUUAAUUUUGCCAGCCGUUGAAGAGGUUUUAAAAACUGUUUUACACAAACCUGCAUCUGAUAUCAUUAAAAGAAUUCCCUUAAGCAACAAUACUGUUGAAAGACGUAUUGAUGAAAUGAGUUCUGAU